AUGCGGAUCCUUAGAAUGGGUGCUAGUGUCCCAUCUGAUCGCAUUCAUCAUUUUUCUACUGGACUCGAACUGAUUCAAGCAUUAACGAAUGGCCAGGUCGAUGUAGCCUUUGCUAUUAAGCUGCCCCAACUCGAAGCCGGAUUCCAGCGCCUCACGCCAAACGACUUCGCGAAUAAUUGCUACCUGGAUGGAGCCGGUAUGAUGACCCGAAAGGACAACACAGAGUUUUUGACCUGGUGGAACGAUGCAUUUGGACGUCUGGUUGGAACGCCUACUUAUGACGAAAUCUGCACGAAACUCAAGACUGUACAUGGACACAAACCCGGAUCUGGGGCCAGAGAUGUCUGUAUCGGAUACUAGAAACCCAUUGAUUCAUCACCGUCAUGUCUUUGAAGCUUCCCGAUCGGUCAACGGAUGCUUUUGUGACUAAGAAAUUGACUAUUGAACCAUUCAAUUCUGAGGUCUCGUCGGUCCUUCAAUUUUUACGACUGCUUUCGGGUUGUGGUAGCUAGCGUUGUGGUGACAACGACAACAUGACCCAGGUCAAAUUGGUCACGCGAUUCUUUUCAGUAUAAGUAAGGAGAGUACCUCUUCGUCCUAAAAAUCGAAAUACUUUAUUCGCAGGAAGAAAAAAUUAAUCCAACGACACAUUCAUAAGUUUUCAACUGUCACAGAAGUAUUCAUCGUCCAAAACGAAAGUUCCUUAAAGGACAAGUCCACCCCAUCAAAAGGUUGAUUUGAAUAAAAACAGACAAAUCAAACAAGCACAACACUGAACAUUUCAUCAAAAUCUGAUGUAAAAUAAGAAAGUUGUGAAAAUAGCAAAAUAGCUAUAUGCACAUCCAGGUCAGUAUGCAAAUGAGGGAACUGACGACAUCACUCACUUUUUUUGGUAUUUUAUUAUAUGAAAUAUGAAAUAUUGUAAUUUUCUCCCUCAUGUCCUGUGAAACCAAGUUUUAUUUCGCCCUGAACAUGUAGAAUUACCAUUGGUUAACAUUAUACGGUUCAGUGAAGUUGGUCCUUAUUGUCAAAUCUGUAAAAAUUGAAAUAUAGUAAAAUUCAACAAUAAAAAACAAAAAAUAGUGAGUGAAGGACGUAUUUGAUUCUUUCAUUUGCACGUGACUAAAUUGUGCAUAUGACUAUUUUGUGAAAAAUAAACAAAACUUUAAAAUGUCAUAACUUUCUUAUUUUACAUCCGACUUUGAUGAAUUUUUCAGCAUUAUGCUUGUCUGGCUUUUCUCUAUUGAUUCAAAUCAACAUUUUUCUGAGCUGGACUUGACCUUAAUGAAACUUUUACUACAGAUCGAUUGCUGUCUGAACUUGAGUCUUCCGCUGUGAAUUGAAACGAAUUUACUGCGGGUCUGACAAGAUCUCAUACGAGAAAGAGGCAAAUCAGUGUACAUCGACGAUUGCUGUUUGAACCCGAAUCUUCCGCUUUAACAAUAUAUGAUUGUAACGGAAUUUACUUUAACUCUGCAUUGAAAUAAAUGUCAAGGGAGAUUUAAAAAAAGAUCGUAAUGACACCAGGCCCUCGUUGCACAAUGUCUCGUGAGUGACAGUAUCAUUAAGUCUAAAAUAAGAUUGAUUGUACAUAAUAAUCAAUAUAGUCUGUUUUAAAUAUCAGUCGUAUAAUCAAUCGCUAAGCAAUGUCUUGCAGGACAUACUGGUCCUUAUAAUUAUAUUUCUUAUAAAAUGUAUUAAUGUAUAUACUUUCUGAGUGUAGUAUAAAGUUACAUGGCGGAUAAGAUUGGUAUAUUAUCAUGUUUGAACUCUAUACACAGGUCUACAAAAGAUAAUAUUGUUCCUGAUAUGUAGUAGACCGUUUCCAUAUUGGAGUUGUGUAAUGAAUCGACUUACCCUUAUAAAUAGGCUGUAUUGGUAGAAAACUAUAAAUUAUACAUCAGGAAUCCGGUUUAUUAGUCGCAAAAUUAUAUUAUUUUUAUUUUUAUUUUUUGCGAGAUAUACACUGUGAAAUGGAACAAAUGUCGUAUUUCUUGAAAUUAUAUGUUUCGACAUAAUUUCUUUUUAAAUCAAGAGGGCGUCCAAAAUAUCAAUUACAAGUCUUUCAACAUUGAUUGAUGAAAUCUUUAUUGUCACAAAAGGGAUACAUGAUCUCCUGUGGAAAUAAUUCAUCGAUCAUUGGAUAUUUUUUUUAAUGAAAUUUAUAGCAACACUCCCAAAAAGUUAGAAAGAGAGAGAGAGAAAGAGGGGGGGGGGCUGUAGAGAGUGACGUUAGUGAGGUUUCCAUAAGGCAAUAUUUAUUAGGUAAGUACCCUUUUUGUAAUUAUACAAGGAUAUCUGUUGCGUUUAUUUUAACUUCGAGAAAAUAGCUUGAAUCAUGGACCUAUUACAUGCUUGAAUGAAUGAACAAUGAUAAUAAUAAUAAUAAUAAUAAAAAUAAUGAUACAUUUAAAUGAACAGGGACGUGUUUUGAAGUGAGCAUGCUUUUUAUUCAGCCUAAUAAUUGUUCAGAGUCUUUUGAAUACAGAUUACAUGUAAAGGUAAGUAAAUGGUUAAGAGUAAUCUUUUCCAUAAUGCAGAAACAUGUGAUGCAACAGGACAGUACAGUGUAAAGUUAAAAGGAGUAGAAAGAGCAAUUAAAAUUGGGGGUGAAUGUAGAUAUCGGUAUGUCGAUAAUAAAUCGGUCCGUCACGCGACGAUGACGAAUACUGCAACAAAAUUGUAAAUAGCCCUUCAUGACAAUGCAGUCAUUGUCGAAAUUUGCAAUUAUUCAUCAGCUCGGAAUCUUAAGACGAUCAGUUGUCCAGGUUCACCAAUCUUCGACAAAGACCUUUGAGCUGUUCAUUGUGAUUUGCGAAAACUCGCUAUUAUUAAGAGAGUUGUACAUCAGACGGUUGCCUAUGCACGAGGCAGAGCUCCACGAAAUUUGCAUUUGUUUUAUAAUCUUUGUCUUUUUUUACCAUUUUUGUAUUCAAAUCGAUGUUAUGUUAAUUUUGUAAAUUAUACGAAUGUAUUUUUUAAAGUGCCGAAUAAAUAAAUUCAUGCAACAAAAAACUAAUUCUAAACAAGAUAAA